AUGCGGGUAGUCGACCUAAACGAUGAGAGUAUCGAAUUCGCCGCCGUCUCAUAUACGUGGGGCAACCCCACUACAGUUCAUGAAGAACCCGUGCCCGAUAUCGAUGGCUUGGAAUUCGAAGAACACGCCGAUAAACUUCCUUUCACCUAUUACAGCCCCGAACUGGGACCCAAUGGCGACAAACUGGUAAUGGUUGAUCGCGCCAAGCUUCUGUACUACGAUAUGCAUCGUUAUGUCCCCCAUGAAGAGGUGCUUUGGCAAAAGCGCACGCAUCAUGAAAUAGAAGUUGAUGGGAGUCGAGUACCAAUUGAGGAAAACCUCUUAUCGUUCUUCCAAUCAAUAUUGACACUUCGAACUGCAAUUGCUCCUAGCCCAGGAGAACCGGAGAGCUCGACUUACCGCUCCAUCAACCUGCCCAUCUGGGCGGAUGCACUGUGUAUCAACCAAGCAGACCUCGACGAGCGAGCUGCCCAAGUCAAGCUUAUGGGGCGCCUAUACAAGUCAGCGACUAUAGUACUUGCUUGGGUUGGCCAAUAUGACAGGCUUGCGCAACUAGCGAUAGAGGCAAUGGGUAGAAUUCUUGAUUUCGACGCAACUCGCCUCCACGCACAAGACUCAUCAUAUCAAGAACAAGAGGAAGUCACCAUGUCCUCAGUCCCAGGGAUGACAGUGGUGCACUGGUUUGCCCUCUUUUCGCUCUUUCAAAGACUCUGGUUCCGCAGGGCUUGGGUCGUUCAGGAGGCAGUCUUUGCUCGGGAUAUCUUGAUGGUUUGCGGCGCGACGCUGCAAAGUAUGGACUUCAUCUUAGCAGUUGCAGGAUUUCUGGAACAGACGGGAAUCGAUAUUGAGUUAUGCCAUUUUGGGCAUAAUUUCCUCACUAAUCGAGCUGUAUCAGACCAGUCUCAACAUUGGGAGAAAUUGUCGUUGCUCUCUGAUCAGCCAGCGAGGGCGGCAAAUGAGCUGAAGGUCACUCCGCGCGAUGCUCUUUCUUUUAUCCUUGGAUACCAUCAUACUCGCUCGCGUCUUGGGCUCUGCAACGCUGGCCUGCCCAUGGUCACCCUGCUUCCAGACGAAGAAGGGGAGGACGGGAAAACCAAGGGCAAAUCAUGUCGAUGGGUCAUAGAACUUCCCGAAGUCACCCACCUCAUCGAUCACGAUAUAGUGGAAUCUUUCUGCGAGGAGUUGGGCAUGACUGGCUUCAGAUUUGAACGCCGAAAGCUACACCUACUUUCCGUCCUCUCCGACUUUCGGGAACUUGAGGCUACUGAUCCCCGAGACAAGAUCUUCGCUUUUCUGAACCUUGCCGAAGACGGACUCGGACUGCAGCCAGACUACAGUGUCGACGUCAAGAAGGUCUUCGUCCAAGCAACAAAGGCUAUGAUUGACAAACGCAUUGGUUCACACCUUGCGAUUCUGUCCCAUGUGCAAGACCUUUCAGACACGAGGAUCCAAGGCUUGCCAAGCUGGGUGCCAGACUUUAGUGCCAGACUGGGACGGGUUCCGUUCGACCAAGGUGGGCAUGAUGAUCGUUUCUGUGCCGGCACUCAUGACAAUGUUGAUUAUGACGACUGGGUAAUCCGUAUUGAUCCCGAUGAUAAGCUAAGUGUCAAGGGCAUCAAGGUGGAUACUGUCUCUAUAUCCACAGAGUUGAAUCAAGACCCUGUCAUCCAGGCUCUUCGACUGGCAUUGCAUAGUCCGGCCGAAUAUCCUGUUCAAGUAAGAGCAUGGCGUGUCGAGGAGACUGGACCUAAUCGCUCAAGACGAUACAUCCGCCCAUCACAAACGGUGACCCGGAUUGAAGCCCUAUGGCGCACUCUGAUCAUUGAUAAACUGACCGAGGAGGAGAACGACUUCGGCAGUUUGGACUCAAGAGCAAACAUAGGGACGGGCUUCAGCAACUGGAUUUUGACUGAUAUCCUAGAAGCUCGCGACUUGCUUGCUGAGUGGUCAGGACAUUGCUCAGUAUCAUGGACAUGGGAGCUGAUUCAGAAGUCAUUCACUACUCGCUUGGCUCUUUGGUCGGCCAUCUAUGACGCACGGCAGGUGUCCAAUGAACUGCAGGUGCCAGAUCUCGAAGCAGCUAUAGCUGAUUUCAGGGAAAAGGUAGAAAAGGAGGUAGUACAGCCAGACGACGAUGUAGAGGAUGAAGAGGAAGUAAAGUAUCAAAGCCAAACGCUGGCACAAGAAGCAAAGAAGGAGGGGGAGAGCAAACAUGGAGAAGGGGAAGCGGAAUCAUCUGAGAAAGGAAGAUUUGACAGAAAAGCUCAGGGAGGAGGCAACACUUCGUGGGAAGCAAGCUUUUUACCCGCAGCACGGCUCAUCAGCAAAGGCUUUCGACCUCCUUCGGUGGUAAAAGACGACCAAGAUAAGGACCCGUUGGGGGGCAAGUAUAAGCGACCUUCGAUGCAACGAUUGACCCCACUGGGACGGAGGAAGCUCCGCAACUUCGAAAAGCAAAUGCGGAAUGCUACUCAGGGUCGGAAACUCUUCAUGACGGAAUCGGGGCUGCUUGGCCUGGGACCCAAGACUCUUGGCCAGAGUAGCAGCAAGGAUGAAGUAUGGAUUCUGAUGGGGGCUCGAGUGCCCUUUAUUCUACAUCAUAUCGAAGGUUCCAAGUAUCGCGUUGUUGGAGAGGCUUAUGUUCAUGGAGUGAUGUAUGGCGAAGGAUAUGAUCGCUAUACUGACUGGGACGAGUUCGGGCGUAGUGGCGUGGAUACGAUACAGUUGGUUUAG